UUUUGGUUUAAUUUUACAAGUAUGAAUGAGCAAUUCUGACCAUAUAAAACGUAUUAUAACAAUUAGGAGAUAAACGAGAAUAUACUUGAGUUUACUCAUCUGGAAACUUAUAGGCUUAUCAAUUUUGUAUGCGUUAGCUUUAAUUCUGAAAGGUGCUAACCGGAAGCUAUACGACGUAUACUUAGUCAAGUUGAUGCGCCUGUAGCGAAGUUCCUCCUCCCGGUACCAAAAGAAGCAAGGGGUGAAACGUCUCUUUCUGUCACUUUCUGUUGUUGAACCGCUGUUGUCGAACCCUCGGUACCAGAAAUGUCUCUAGAUUUCUGUGCUGAAUCAUCUGUGAAGAAGCGGGGUUCGCAUGAAAACACCGACUGAAAUAUCGCCAGUAUCAGGGGCAUUUCAGAUAGCUUAGGCAGAUAGGCAGACUCUAAUAGGACGUUUCCACCCCUUUGUUAGUUGUGUUUGUGUUUUAUGCGAGUGCAGUUUUUAAAACAAUGGCCUUCUUCGUGAAAAAAAAGAAAUUCAAGUUUCAGACCCAUCUGACCCUGGAGGAGCUGACCGCUGUGCCUUUUGUCAACGGAGUUUUGUUCUGCAAGCUGCGGUUGCUGGAUGGAGAUUUUGUCGCUACUUCUUCGAGAGAGGAGGUUCAAGAGAACUGUGUCCGCUGGAGGAAGAGGUUUACCUUUGUGUCUAAAAUGAGUGCUAACCCCCACACCGGAGUCCUGGAUCCUUCUGUCUGCAGGGUGUCAGUCAGGAAGGAACUCAAAGGAGGAAAAGCAUAUACGAAGCUGGGCUUCACAGACCUCAACAUGGCGGAGUUUGCGGGUUCUGGCUCCACCGUGCGCUGCUGCCUGCUGGAGGGAUAUGACACCAAGAACACUCGGCAGGACAACUCCAUACUGAAGGUGAUCAUUGGGAUGACCCUCCUGUCUGGAGAUCCGUGUUUUAAAACACCUCCUAGCACAGCAAAGUCCAUCUCCAUUACGGGACAAGAACACACCCUACAGCUGGACUGUAAAGGGGAGGGAACAGCUGAGCCCGGGCCGGCUGGAGGGGUCUCUCUGGGCCGAGCAGCCAAACCUCGGCCCUCCAUCAUUAGCUCAGGUCUCCUUGAAGAAUCAGAAGCAAACCAGCACAGUCCUGCAGAGAUCUUCCAGUCUGGUCACUCCCGUAACUCCAGCUACGCCAGCCAGCACAGCAAAAUCUCAGGCUACAGCACUGAGCACUCCUGCUCUUCCAGCCUGUCAGACCUCACACAUCGCAGGAACACCUCAACAGGUAGCAGCACCUCUGGGGGAUUGGGUUUCAAUGCUGACACACCAACAGAGGGUGACAAGGACGCCGGACGUCCCGAAAGACCCCCUCGACCCCCGCGGCCUGUCUUACCCCCUAACAGGCCCCCCAGGAGAAAGCAGGACUCCGUGGAGAGUCACCCCUCUUGGGUGAACGAUACUCGCAUGGAUGCGGAUGACAUUGUGGAGAAAAUUGUCCAAAGCCAAAACUUUGCAGACAUCAACAACACUGAAGACAGCAACCUGCGUCUGUUUGUCAGCAGAGAUGGAACCACUGCGCUCAGCGGCAUCAGGCUUGGAAACAGGGUGUCAGCAGGCGGGUACGAGCCUGUGGUGAUAGAAAGCCAUUAAGCCGAGACCAGCAGGAGAAACGAGGCGCUGACCUGUGGAUCGUCUUGUCUUCUGUCUUGCUGGUUUUCCUGGAGCCUCAGCCGGUCUGAUGCUGUGAGGGGAAAACCUCGUCUGUUUGCACUUUAUGUGAAAUUUGUGGCAGUCUGCUUGUCUGCACUGCGUUCAGCUGUUUUUGUGAUGUUGAGAACGACAAAACAUUUCUGAGUAACACUACACGGUAAUCUUACCUGUUAUAAGAUAUCAUCCAUGUGUCCCCAGUUUACUGUUUUAACUGAUGCUCAAUGCUAGCUGUACUGGUAGCAGGUGGCAAACUUUAUCCAAAGUAAGAUGAAGGAAACAUAGUGUUUAAAGUCAACUUCUCAUUUUCAUAUGCCUGAGAUAAUGUUAAUGGACUGCUGUCACCUGAUAGUCCCAAUGCUAUUCUGAACACUAACUGUAUGCAGUAUGUUAUAUACUGUCUGUCAUAGUACUGUUUUUGCAGAUAGACAUCAGUGAAACUGCUGUGCCUGAAUGCCACUGGCAGUUAGCAUGUAGUGUUGUUUGUUUACCUCACUGUAGCUGUCUCACCAUCGGCUCUGGUUUAUUUUACUUUUGGAGCCGCUCCUGCAUUUACUUUCUUCGAUUUUGUAUACUUAGUUUUGUCACUCCAGCGGUGUGAACUCAGUUCACACAUAAAACCCUUUUAGAAUUAGAAUCUAAUUUAGUCCAGGGACACAGCUACCAUGUGUGUUAGCAUAGCAAAAAGUCCUAAAUUUAAAGGCUUUUCCUAAAUUUAAAGGCUUUUAACUUCCACGGACAGGCAGCACAUCCUACACUGAAUGUGAUCAGGGGUUUAGAAAACCACUGAGCAGCCACAGAGUGCAGAAACUCUGAAUCACUUUUUUUUUUUUUUUUUUGUUCUGUUUGAAGUUGAUGCUGACCCCUGUUGAUCAGGGAGAUGCAGUUGAACCACUUUGUGCCUGUUAAGUUUCUCUUGAAUGACCCUAAAGCACCAUGAAAACUGUGAUGACAUAGUGCUAGUGAUGGUGAGGAGAGAAAUGUUGUUUCUUGUUUGUGUGCCUUUAUUCCGUUUUCUCUUUCCGUCGGUCACGUUGCAGGUGUACUUGCAGGUGUCCGUUCCAUUUUGGAAAUCCCACUGCAUACUCCCUGCAUGUAUACUACUGCUGCACUGUCUCUCCAUCUCCUUAAAGGAUUAAUUGUAUGAAAUUUAGUUCUCCUCUCUCCUCAGCCAUCAGAAGUUGAAACAAAACACUAAUUCUGUGGUACAAAUUGCUCAGUUUUUACUUUGUCCAACAGAAUAGGGCGGUAACUCCAUGAAGAGAUGUUUCUGCAGACUGCGACUGUAAGAGCCUUUGUUGCCCCCUGGUGGAGCAAUGGCCUGGCUUGUGAACGAGUCCCUGCCCUUUGGUGUUUACCGGAUUGGUAGUAGAGUUAGCCGGUUUGUUAAAAGAUACGUCAUCUGAUAAAUAAACACCAAAGAGGCAGAAAAAGGACAGGUUUCUGUAGCUCUGACAAACACAGAAGAAGAAGUGGAACAUCGGUAACCAGCUGGCUGGUUGAUGCUUGCAGUUUGAACACUGCAAACAUGUCCACUUCAAGGCAGAAUAAGAUCUUAUCUUAAAAUCUUAUUUUGUUUGUUUGUAAAAGAGGUGAAAGAAAUUGUCAGUUUGAAAAAUAAUGCUCUCAUCAUUUUAAUUUCACUUACCUCAUGAAUUUAGCUGAAUCACCUGGUUGUUAUGUUCCGAAGUUGUCCAGGAAAAAAUAAGUCAGCGCCCACAACUAAUAGUGACACAACUCAUUCAUUUAAUCUGGCAACAUUUUAAGAGAUCAGUCCAGGGUGAAAUCUUGUGAACCCAAAACUAACAAAUUCCAUUUAAAAUGUUAUCAAAACUGAGAAAAGCGGCAUAUCAUCACAGCUGACGAAGUGGAACCAGCAGAUGACAUUGCAUUGGUGUUUAACUGAUUAAUUUAAUCAACGAGUCAUUUCAUGCCUGGUUUAGUUGCACGAGAAUCAAACAACAUGAUCUUUUUAGCUGAAUAUUUUGCCUCGUUUACAAUCAAAAUCUGUUUUUAGGAUUCUCUAUCAGUGAACUUACUCAUAUGGAGGUGAAGUGAAGCUGCAGCUGUCUUGCUUGUCGUUUCACAUGAGCAUCACACAACGCUGGUUGAAUCCAGCUUAUUAUAUAAGUUGAAUCACUUCACACUACUCAUCCUGUUUGUAUUUUUGCAGCUGUAUGUUUAUUAAACACAUUAUUCUCACAAUUUGGGAAGAACCACUGUUCUUACACACUAAAUAUGGGUUUACAUCACCACAGCCUUUAGUACUCUGUAAAAGCAUUUAUUUAUAUAUAUAUUUUUUGUUCUUUAUUCUUUUAUUUGUCUGGAGGUUGGUUAUAAGCUAUGCACACGACUCACCUCCCUGAGCUUUUUUUCUUUUAGUAAUUCUAACAAAUUUUUCUAUUGUAACAAAGCUAGUAUAACCUAAAUUUAGAGAGAAUCGAGUUGCCACAUAGUUGUCACAUAGUUACUAUAAGUUUUUUGUUAAUUUGUGGUAUUUCUGCAGAAAUUACAAUAAAAAGCUAAGCUGA